AUGGCGCCAGGCCAAGGCCAGAAAGGCAACCCAAACGAUCCUCGGUCAGACGCAUCGAAGAAGAAGGAUCUCAUCGCGCGGGGCGAUUACACACCAACACCAGCUGGCAAAGCGAUCUUUUUCUUUCUGCGUGGCAUCGAGCCUGCCCUCCAAUAUUCAAUUCUGGCCCAUGGCCUCGGCACAUCCGUCCUGCAUCGCGUAGGAUUACGAACAUUGCCUCCCGGGCUCCCGACGCGUACAGGUAUACCUCUGAUCGAUGGCUUGGGCUUAUCACCAUACCGAUUAGUGUUACUUGGAAUGGCGGUCGGCGCAGCUGUGAAGCAGAACAUCUGGGUGACGGCACUUUCUGGAGAGCCUAUGCCAGUUGUGGGUGCUAUCGGCAUAAGCGUCUUCAAUGCUGUAUUCAACAGUCUGAGCACCUAUGCUUUCCUUACAACUGCUACUUCUGCCUCGACUGAAGCCGACUUCCCGCAGCCAGCACUCCUUAUUGGCGGCUCGCUAUACGUCGUGGGCAUUAUGACUGAGCUCAUCGCGGAAAUACAGCGCAAGCGUUUCAAGGCGGACCCGAACAACAAGGGCAAAGCGUACACCGGAGGUUUGUGGAGCUUUGCACGCCACAUCAACUACGGCGGGUACACAAUCUGGAGAGCGGGUUACGCCAUGGCCGGUGGUGGCUACACGCUAGGUGCGCUGGUAGGAGCCUUCUUCGCUUGGGACUUUACACAACGUGCGAUUCCAACUCUUAGCGAAUACUGCGAAAAGCGCUAUGGAGCGCAGUGGGAGGAAUUCAAGCAGAAGACUCCGUAUCAGCUGAUUCCUUAUAUUUACUAA